AAGGUGCGGGAGGCGGGGGCGCGCGCCCUGGAGACUGGAAUCGUCGUUGUGGGGGUUGCUGGCGGCUGGGACGCUUCCUCCCUGCUGUCUGGGGGUGCCGCCGACAUGGAGCCUGAGCCUGAGCCCGUCACGCUCCUGGUGAAGAGCCCCAACCAGCGCCACCGAGACUUGGAGCUGAGCGCCGACCGCAGCUGGAGCGUGGGCCGCCUCAAGGCCCAUCUGAGCCGCGUCUACCCCGAGCGCCCGCGUCCAGAGGACCAGAGGUUAAUUUAUUCCGGGAAGCUGUUGUUGGAUCACCAGUGUCUCAGGGACUUGCUUCCAAAGCAGGAAAAACGGCAUGUUAUGCAUCUGGUGUGCAAUGUGAAGAGUACUUCAAAAAUGCCCGAAGCCGGUGCAAAGGUUGCUGAAUCCACAGAGCAGCCCACUGGUCUUAAUCAGGGACAGUCCCCUGGGGAUUCCUCAAGCGAUGGUUUAAGGCAGCGGGAGGUUCUUCGGAACCCUUCUCCCUCUGGAUGGGAGAGCAUCUCAAGGCCUGAAGCAGCCCAGCCGGCGUUCCAAGGCCUGGGGCCUGGUUUCUCGGGUUACACGACCUACGGGUGGCUGCAGCUCUCCUGGUUCCAGCAGAUGUACGCGCGGCAGUACUACAUGCAGUACUUAGCAGCCACUGCUGCAUCAGGGGCUUUUGUCCCCGCACCAAGUGCGCAAGAGAUACCUGUGGUCACUGCACCUACUCCAGCCCCAAUCCACAACCAAUUUCCAGCCGAAAACCAGCCCGCCAAUCAGAACGCUGCUCCACAAGUGGUGGUUAACCCUGCGGCCAAUCAGAAUCUGCGGAUGAACGCUCAGGGAGGCCCCAUUGUGGAAGAAGAUGAUGAGAUAAAUCGAGAUUGGUUGGAUUGGACCUACUCAGCCGCUACGUUUUCCGUGUUUCUCAGUAUCCUCUACUUCUACUCCUCCCUGAGCCGAUUCCUCAUGGUCAUGGGGGCCACCGUGGUUAUGUACCUGCAUCACGUCGGGUGGUUUCCAUUUCGGCAGAGGCCAGUUCAGAACUUCCCGAAUGAUGGUGGCCCUCAGGAGGCUGUGAAUCAAGACCCCAACAAUAACUUCCAGGGGGGCCCUGAUCCUGAAAGUGAAGAUCCCAGCCACCUCCCUCCAGACAGGGAUGUACGGGGUGACGAGCAGACCAGCCCUUCAUUUAUGAGCACAGCCUGGCUUGUCUUCAAGACUUUCUUUGCCUCUCUCCUUCCAGAAGGCCCUCCAGCCAUAGCAAACUGACGGUGUUUCCUCUCUGGCUGCUGGAGGCUUUGACAGGAGUGGACUGGAUCAUCUGAUUCUGGCUCGAUUUCCUUACCUGGACGUGGCAGUGGCACAGAAAUAGUAUAAGAAUCUACAAAGAGGAUGAUAUGCUUUUGUGAUUAAGCAAAAGCAGAAAGUAAGACAUGAAGCCGUGAUACAAAUUGAUGAACAAAAAAUGCCUACAGGCUUCUCAUGUCUUUAUUCUGAAGAGCUUUAAUAUAUACUGUUGUAGUUUAAUAGGCAUUGUAAGUAGAAGGCAUUAGUUUCGCAUGUUUAUGCCUGAGGAACUUUUCCAGAUGUGUGUGUCUGCAUGAGUGUUUGUACAUAGAUGUCAUAGACGCAGAAACGGUUCUGCUGGUACGAUUUGAUUCCUGUUGGAAUGUUUAAAUUACACUAAGUGUACUACUUUAUAUAAUCAAUGAAAUUGCUAGACAUGUUUUAGCAGGACUUUUCUAGGAAAGACUUAUGUAUAAUUGCUUUUUAAAAUGCAGUGCUUUACUUUAAACCGAGAGGAGCUUUGCAGAGGUGAAAACCUUUGCUGGGUUUUUUGUUCAAUAAAGUUUUACUAUGAAUGACCCUG